CGUUCACGUCAGCUUAGCGUCAUCCGCUCCCUCCCUGACAGCCAGCCCCGAGCCCCUGACUCAUCCCUCCCUUCUCGCCCCUCAUCUUGCUUUCUCCAUCCCACAGAGGCAGUCAGUCGCCGUAGCCCCACUGUGUGAGAUGCGGGGGUACACCAAGGUGCGCGACGUGGGCAAGGGGUCCUUCGGCCAGGCCAUUCUCGUGGCUGAUGCGGACGGCAAACAGUGAGUUCGAAGGGACAGCUGGAGGGGGUGGGGGGAGAAGGGAGAGGGGAGGGAGGCGCCUGGCGAGAAUGGGGCGUUUGGUUGCGUAUCUGUCAGGUUUAUCAUGAAGAUAAUUGACAUAUCGAGGAUGGGCUCUAAGGAGAGAAAGGAGGCCAUCAACGAGGCGGGCACCCAAGACAGACAGACAAGACACGCAGGAACGAACAUCUGUGUGUCUGUGUGUCUGUGUCUGUGUGUGUGUGUGUGUGUGUCUGGUGGCAGGUGAAGGUGCUGUCGUCUCUGAAGCACCCUUACAUCAUCUCCUACCGAGAGAGCUUCAUCGAGAACGGACAGCUCUGCAUCGUCAUGGACUACGCUGAGGGUGCGGUGGCUGGCCGGGGACUGCACUGCACAGCACAACCACCGUGCGUGUGUGUCUGUUGGUUGUCUUGUGUUGUGUUGUGUUGUGUUAGGUGGCGAUCUGUACCACAAGAUCCAGAAGCAGAAGAAGACCAGCCAAUACUUCAGGUGACUCACACAACUGCCCCACCUGCCCACUCAUGGAUGUGUGUGUGUGUGUGUGUGUGAUUGACAGCGAGUCGCAGAUCCUCCGCUGGUUCACGCAGGCGGCCCUCUCGCUCAAGUACAUGCACGACAAACACAUCCUUCACAGAGGUCAGCCACUCGACAAACACACACAAAGGGGCAAAGAGAGAGGGAGAGAGAGAAGGAGAGAGAGACGUUAUGGGCGGUUUGGCUUAAAACACUUGACUUGACUUGUUGUGACAGACAUCAAGACUCAGAACUUCUUCCUGACGGCGUCAGGUCGUCUGCGCGUCGGCGACUUCGGCAUCAGCAAAGUGCUCGAGUCGACCAUGGCCUUCGCGCAGACCACCAUCGGCACACCCUACUACCUCUCACCCGAAAUUUGCAAGGCACGCUCAGAGCACACACACACACACACACAGACAAAGAGGGAGAGGGAGGGGGAGGGGGAGCGAGGAAAAAUGUGUGACGUGCUUCUUAAGGCCCUUUGUUCUUUCUGCAGGAGCAGCCAUACUCAUGGGCGUCGGACAUCUGGGCACUGGGGUGCGUGCUGUACGAGAUGGUAAGGAAGGAUGCAGCACAGCAACGCCCUCGCUCUGUUUCGUCUUGCAUCGCUGCAGCUUCCCCCCUCCCUCCCUCCAUCCAUGUGUGUGUGUGGCAUGCCACUACACUGUGCAGGCGUGUUUGCGUGUGCCGUUUGACGCCCAGAACCUCCGGUCACUCGUCGACAAGAUCACCAGAGGACCGGUACGUGCGUUCGCAACCGCCAAGACAUCCACACAAUGCACCUACCUAUGUUGGCUGUGUGUGUCGUGUCUUGUGUGCAGACGCCCACCUUGCCGAGCAGCUACUCCGCCGGGCUGCGUCAGCUGCUGGCCGACUGCCUGCAGCGCGACCCCCGCAAGCGCCCCUCGGCCGCAGAGCUCCUGCAGAAGGACAUCAUUCAGGUAAAAGAGGGAGGGAGGGAGGACAGAGCCAAACAGCACAACGGGAGCGGGAGAGAGAGGGACAGGACAUCAACUGUGUGUGUGUGUGUGUGUUAAGGGUGAGAUCCGGCGCAUGUUGAAGGAGGAGCAGCUCAAGAAGGGCCAGCAGGGGGGCGGGCACAACGGCGGCGACAGCAAGGUGAGACUAACGACACCCUGAAGCCACCCACUCACACACACAUGCGCCCGCCCCCCACUCUCUCUCUCUCUCUCUCUCCCCCGUGUGUAUGUUGGAUGGUCACCAUAUCUAUCAGACUGAGUCAGCGGGCGUGUCGACGGCCGACACCACCCAGCGCCAGAACAGCAGCGAGGCCACGGAGGGCCCACGAGCAGACGACAACAACAAGCAGCAGGUGGAGCGACAACCCUCUGGCGGCGGGUCGCGCCACGACACUCCAAACAGAGACCGUAAGUGAGAAGGCCAGGCCAUAGCCGCCCCCCCACUCCCUCACCAUGUGUGUGUGUGUGUGUGUGUGUGUGUUGCAGGCCGCCAUCCGUCCGCCUUGCCUCUGCCGGUUCCUGCGGUCAACUACGGGGGUGCCGCUGGGGGUGCUGCUGGUGUGCGUCCGGCUGGGGUGCGCAGCCGGGAUGCGUCGCCCGUUGCUGGGGUGCCGUACCACAGACAGGCCACGCCGCCGGGCAUGAGACCACGGUGAGUGAGGUGUGGGUGGGUGGUGAUAGGACGGACGUGGUGUGGGGGCGGUGGAGGGAAACACAUCUGUGUAUGUGUGUGUGGGAUGCAGUGCGGUCCGCGACAUGAGCCCUUACGGCUACCGCAAUCCCAGCAGCUACUACUCGCCACGUAGCCAGGUGAAUGGGGUGGGUGCCACAUACACUACACCCACACAGUCGUGUGUCCAUCGAGUCCGCCUGUGUGUCGGUCAGUACCAGACGCCCAACGCGGCGGCUGGGAAAGCGCAUGGCGUCCCGCGGUACCCCGCUGCCGGCAAAUAA